AUGUGGCGACUGACGGGGACUGUGGAGGUCCAGCCACGGGGUGAUCAUUUUCUGUUUAUGUUCACCCAUGAAUGUGAUGUCGCUCGUGUGAAGAAGGGAGGCCCGUGGGGCUUUCAACGUGCUAUGAUCUUGUUAAAUGAUUAUGAUGGCUUCUUAGAGAUUCCUGCGGGCAUCUUGAUGGAACCCACGGUCCGGCUGGUGGGAGGAACUAUUAGAGAGGUUUUGGAGGUGGACCGUGUAGCCCUGCGUCGUGGAGAAGCUCGGGUUCGACUUACUUUGCCCAUCAACGACCCGGUACGCCUGGAUAGUAGGGUUAGGGUUUCUCCUAUUGACAUUCUCACAUUGCGGUUCAGGUAUGAGAGGCUUCUGGGGCGGUGUAGCCUGUGCGCCCUGCUGAAUCAUGGACGGCAGAGAUGCCUUAGAGAGGGUGAGGUGGAGGUCGACACUGUGGUGGAGGAGGACUUGACGCAGGCACCAGGUCUGGCUCUUCCAGCCCUCGUGUUUAGGGCUAACUCCUAG